AUGAACGGCAUUAACGGCGGGAACAUGCCCGGGGCCAUGGUCGCCCUGCCCGCCCCGGCGGGCCACCAGGCCGAGCUGACCUACAUCUACGGAAUGGUCGAGGAGCUUAGCCGCCAGCUAGCCGAGAACAAGAGGGCAUUGGAGGAAGUUGUCGCCGGCGUCGGUCGCGUGCGAAAUCGGGCCAGGGCGCAUCUGUUGGGCAACGACGACCUCGUCGCUGCCGCCAUCGACGAUGUCAAUGCCCAGGAACAGAACCUAGACGUCCAAGUCUCCACCCUCGCCGAAGCCCUAGAGAAGGCAAAGUACAGCCGCGACGAAAACGCCGCGCUCCUGGCGCAGUACGCGUCGGUCCUGUCGACGAUGCUCCGGCAGUUCCACGAGUACAAGGCGCGGCACGUGUCGGACGUGGCGGCGUGGCACCGCAGCUACCGGGCGCAGCUGGCCGAGGCGCGGGCCGAGAACAGCCGGCUGCGCGAGCAGAUCUGGGAGAUGCAGGGCAAGGCCGGCCAGGCCAACGAGGCGCUGCGCCGGUUCCGCUCGCGCUACGGCGAGGACGCCGCGCGCCACGACCGCCUCGUCGACGCCGCCGCCGCCCGCCAGGAGCUGCGCUUCUGGAAGCGCCUGGCCAUGCCCGAGCUGCCCGACGACGACGCGUGCUGGAGCGACGACGACGACAUCGUCGACCCCGCGGAGAAGGAGCGCCUCAGGCUGAGGGACCUCGAGUCCAGGGCCGCCGCUCAGGACCAGCUGGACGGUUUGGGUGACGGCGGGCUGGGCGACCAGGGGAGCGGCGACGAGUUCUUUGGGUCCCAGCAGGAACUCUCGCACCCCGGCUCGAUGGGCGGCGUGGCUAUGCAGAGGGACGAUUCUUCGGCUAUGGGGAUGCCGCUACCGCCUCCUAGGCCUUCAAGUGCGUCGAGCACGGGAUCAUCGGGGCAGUAA